AGUUUCAUUUGCUGAGAGGGUUUGAAUAAAGCAGAGAGGUCUGAGUAAUUUUGAAAGUUUCUGACUGAGACAAUGAGGGCAUCAUUAGAAGUCACUGUCAUCUUAAUGACAGCCUUUACAAGUUUAUUGACUGGGACGGGAAAUACAGGAGGAAGACAGAGCAUUGUCUGUGAACACCCACCAGAGAACCAGACCGCACAUGUUGGAGGCUCCGUCACCAUCAGCUGCAACUAUCAAAAAGUGGAAGAAGGCACCAUGAAAAGCCUCUGCAGAGCAGAUGGAGACUUAAAUUGCAAAGAGUUGUUAGCAACUUACAGAUCAGAUCACACAGUACGAGACAGGUUUUCUCUUAAGGAUGAUGGACAGAGAGGAGUCUACACUGUGAACAUUUCCGAGCUGACACUAGAGGAUGCUGGGACAUACUGGUGUGCUUUGAAAAGAGUUGAUGAGAAUUCCUCUUCCUGCUUAACUGAGAUCCAUCUGCACGUUUUAGACUGGGAUGACUUUACACCGAAUCAGUCUGUUCAUGUCACCUCAAAGACAGCAACAAUUACUUGUAAUUAUCCCCACGUCUUUGAGAACCAUGCAAAAUUUCUGUGCAAGGGGAAGACUCCUUUUAAGUGUGUUGAUUUAAUAAAUACAACUGAACCGGAGAGAGAUAUAACUAAAGGCAGGUUCCAUAUCAGGGAUAAUAAAAGAAAGAAGUUUUUCUAUGUGAACAUCUCUGAGCUGAGCACAGCUGACUCUGGAACGUACUGGUGUCACUGUGGCAGAACAACGCAGCCACAUGAAUACACCAAAAUACUACUUUCUGUAGGUGAAACCAGGAUGGGAGACCCUCCUGAAGAUCCAACUGUAACAGAAGAGAUGCAGAGUACUACAGAGCAUGAAAGUAAACCUCUAAACACAGGUGGAACCAGGAUGGGAGGCCCUCCUGAACGUGAAGUAGAUGGGAUGCAGAGUACUACAGUCUACGUCUUUACGAACAAAAUCAGAGGACAAUGGAGCUUUAUUCUUUGUCUGUUUGUUUCUUGUUUUUCAGGUGUGAUCAUUGGUAUAGCGGUGUGUUCGGCGUUGUUAGUGGUGGCUGUGGUCCUACUAAUACUGUACAAACGUAAACUCCUCAGAAUAACAGCGUGCUGCGCUGCAGGCGAAUCAUCAGAGCAGAGGACGGACACUGGACAAAACACAGAGGGAAAUAAUGGAGAAAACCAUUAUGAAGAGAUACAGUUGGAGAACCAGCAAGUGACUUCACUUCAGUCCGUCUACGCCACUGUCAACCCUCCUCCAGACCUGCUCCACUAUGCCAGCGUCAGCUACCACAAGGAUGGAAAUGCGCUUCCUGACACAGACGCACGUGACUCCUCAGCUGCUAUCAGCGGAGAUCAGGGUGCCACUCGUCCUCCAGAAGCAGCAGAGGCAACUCUCUAUUCCACAGUCACUCAGCGGGUGGAACAAUAAAGAAGUACAACCCUAACCCCCAACCAGAAACAGCAGCUUUCAGCUGAUCAUGUAGUUUAGUCAGACUUCUCAUCUGCUGGUUAACGUCUACUAUAGCAAUAACAUGGCAAACACAUAUGGAUAUGGGAGAUUAUAGUUCCACCUGGCCUUAGUCAGUCACGCUUAGAGCUUUUCUAUGAACAAAUAUAUUAUAUUUGUAGUAUAUCUGAACUCCCCAGGAACUCUUUAUGACAUUUUUACUGAGGCUCACAUGCACUCACUUUCCAAAAUGCUCAGUAUACUAGUAAAUGCAUUUUAAUGCAGCAGUCCUGCACUAAAUCUGGUCUUCAUGAUGGUAUUCAGUAUUUCUUUCAAAUAACUGAGAGAGCUGUUUAUUAGAGGCUGGGGUUUGUAGUACCAGCGAAGUGUGCUGUACUGACACACACUCUAAAAAGUGUAUUUGUGUAGUAGAUGACGUAACGUAAUGUUUUGCGUGAGUCUCACUUAGUUUUCUGCUUCAGUUGUGGCAGUGUACUUUUGUUCAAUAUAUCAACUUGAAGUUACACUUUUUUCGAUUAACCUACUAUUCCUAUUCAAGUCAAAGUGUGUGAGUUAAGUUUUUUUGGGUUUUGUUUUUGUGUGUCUGAUGUCAUGAUGUUUUUUUCAGGAACACGUUUGGCCCCUUUUUGCCAAAUGUCUUUAUUUCUAGUUGUCUUGUUGUUGUCCUGAAAGUGCUAAAUACAUCAGUUUAUUUGGUUUAAAGGAAUUGCUCCCUCAUUAGAUUAGUAUACUGAACAUUAUCUUCAAACGCACUUCACAAACACUAUGGCUCCUUUGGGCCUUUAAGCUAAGAAGUGGCAAUGUGCUAAGUCAUAUGGAAGCACAUUAAUUAAGUAAAUUGAACUUGUUUUGGCUAUUGGGCCUUGGUCCAGCAGUUCAGUGGUUAGCACUGAUGUAUGCCAGCAAGAAGGGUAAACCGAAUGAGUGACUUGAAAAAUGGAAAACUUCUCAGUGGAUGUGCCUUAAAUUUAAGUUAUAUUAACGUAAACUGUUUCAAAUUUUCAAAGCACUCAAAUUAUCGACUGAUUCUGACUCAAAUCAGUUGUGUAUCGAACUUGCAAACUGAAGUUGAAAAAACUUAAUUAUAUUGCAUGUUACCAGUUGAAGUUAGUCCAACAAUUUUCUUUUUUCAGCGCACGCCUCUAUUAUUUUGACAACCCUGCCUCAUUUUAGUCAGCAUCGUGAUGUUGUGGUUAGCAUUGCCGCCUCACAGCAAGAAGGUUCUGAGUUUGACUCCAGUGGUCGACUGAAGUCUUUCUGGAUGUAGUUUGCAUGUUCUCCCUGUGUCUGUGUGGGCUUUCUCCAGGUGCUACCAAAGACAUGCUGGUUAGGUUCACUGGUGAUUGUAAAUUGACCCUAGGUGUGAGUGUGGAUGGUUGUCUGUCUCUCUAUGUUAGCCCUGUGAUAGGCUGGAGAUCUGUACCUCCAGAGGACAAAUAGCUCCCUCUAUGCCGCUGUACGCAUGUAGCAUAUUUACACUGUUGUUAAUCCUUCCUGUCCAAUAUGAAGCAUGUAGAGUGAAACUAUUUAUUUGAAUGUGAAAAACAAACUGUGUACAUUCUGCAGUACAGGCUCAGAGUCUGACUUUGCUUGAAUCCAACUUCAACAAGAAGUAAAUGUGAAAAAUAUGAAAAAAAAGUGGAAAAAAACGUAACAAUGGGAAGAUUGUUACAAAAGUCUGUUUUAAAAUAAAUUAAUUUUUCCUUC